AUGCUAAGUGCCAGAUAUGUCUGCUCAAGGCUUCCUAGAGGAGGAAGGCUGCUAAAAAAUAUUUAUGAAAACCCUCGCAUGCUAUAUUCUAGUAUGAAUGAGCGGAACGCUAACGCUGAUAAGAAGGAAAAUGUUGAUAGAAUAAAUAAUAAUAUGGUUCGCGGUAGAAUCAGAACUAAGGAAGAUAUUGUGACCAGGUUGAAGUUGAAGGCAAAGCAGAAGAACGAUAGUGGUCUGGCUGAUGUCGCUGCGCAAAGGUGGAUAGUCCCGGCUGUUCCAACUACAGGUCAUGUUACGUUAGAUGAUAUAACUGCGGAAACAUUCAAAGUGGCUCAUAAGCCUUUAUUCUUUGGGAAAUCCCUGAGUCCAGCACCAGAGAGGCAGUAUGACAUGUUAGAGAGGCUUAUGGCAAGCAUUAAGGAAGUAAACAUUGUAAUUCAAGGAGAAAACGGCGAAAUGGUUUUGACCAAAGUCUCCAAGAACGGUGGGAACCCGCUGGCAGGAGGUCAAAUGCACUCAAGCUACGAUGCUUUCGGUUUAAAAAAUAUUACUGCUUCAGGGGAGUUUGAAAGUGUUCCUGAAGAAAAUGACGUAUGUGUAUUUCGUAACCCUACUGUUGACGACGUCAAGAUGGUAAAUAUAUUCCAGUCUGCUCCUUCAGUAGCCGGAUUGUCUUCACCUAAGGAUUUUGCAGAACAAAAUUACAAAUUUAUUCGUAAAAGCUAUUCAAAAUACAAAGUGGUUAGCGACAGUCAGCAACUUUUUAGUAACAAUGUCGAUUGGAUAUCGAGACGUAUUGAAAAAGAGUACUAUAGGCUCACAGACAAGAAACUGGUAACAAAUUUUCCGGACCACCUUAUCCCCGUAAACUCAUACAUUAUAAGAAGCAUUCAAUCGAGAAAAGCGCUCAAGCGUUUCCUAAGGAAAACUAUUCACAAUUACAUUCAUCCGCUCGUAAAUUUAACUCAGAGUAAAUUUAAGAAAGUGAAACAAGGAGAGACAUUUGCCAAACGGAUUUCGCUUAGGGUUGAUCUCGUAGUAAGGAGCCUUGCGAAAUUGCUUCCCACCGUCAAGAUGGAUGAUCACAUUGAUUGUGUCGUUCAUGAAAGUCCUGUUCCUGGUUUUAAUAGGAUUAUUCGUCUGAAGCCACAAAGGAAUACAUUUCCCUAUAUUAGGUACCCCAGUAUGUUAAAUAAAAUACCGCGUUACGACAACGAACUUGGAAGAAGAACUAAAAUCAAACAUAAAAUACACCUGGCCAGCUACAGGUUAGAAAAUGUCCUCGAAAACUCCUAA